UAUGAAAAGAGCGCUUACAUUACAUUACAGCGAAGACAUUUACGUCCUUUCUCCAUCAUUAUUCAUUCUAUUUUGCUGCAUUUCCUUUCCAUUUACCCACUGCCCCGCCCGUCUUCUUCCCUUUCUCCGCAUAAAUAUAUACACUUAAGGCGUGGGUAAAGUUUUUGAUCCUAGUUUUCGACUUUUUCCAUCUCCUCAAUUCAACAAUUCUUCAACUCUUUCUUUUCCAGGGUACGCAUCUUUGACUGAAUGCUGUUUUCAUUGACUUCCGAUCUAAAUGCCCUCUGAAUCUUGUAGAUCGCUAAUUAUAUUUAGAAUUCUUACGAGUUUCGUUGAAAGCAAUGUCUUUUAUUGGGACACAACAGAAAUGCAAGGCCUGUGAGAAGACAGUUUAUCCGGUUGAGCUUCUGUCUGCGGAUGGAGUUAGUUAUCACAAGUCUUGCUUUAAAUGCUCUCACUGCAAAGGAACCCUCAAGCUUGGAAAUUACUCAUCCAUGGAAGGUAUAUUGUACUGCAAGCCUCACUUUGAGCAGCUCUUCAAGGAGACAGGCAAUUUCAGCAAGAACUUUCAGUCACCUGCAAAGUCAGCUGAGAAGUUGACCCCAGAACUGACAAGAUCACCAAGCAAAGCUGCUGGCAUGUUUUCUGGGACACAAGAUAAAUGUGCUACUUGUGGGAAAACAGCGUACCCUUUAGAGAAGGUGACAGUGGAAAACCGAAGCUAUCAUAAGUCUUGUUUCAGGUGUUCUCACGGCGGAUGUUCUCUAACUCCAUCAAAUUAUGCAGCCCUAGACGGCAUUUUAUACUGUAAACCUCAUUUUUCCCAGCUCUUCAAAGAAAAAGGCAGCUAUAACCAUUUAGUCAAGUCUGCAUCAAUGAAACACCCGACGGCCGCUGUUCCAGAUUCUUGAACUCCACUCUUUAACUCAGAUAUCUCUGUGCAUGGUGGUGCUUGUUUGCGUGGGUGUGUUUUCCUUCCGAUUCUCUUUGAUCUCAAUCCGUACACUCGAAUGUACUCAUUCUUUUACAGUGUCUUGUUUUCCCUGAGGGAGAGGUGUUGGUUGUUCAAUUUAUGAGAUGAUGUCUUAUUUCCAGCGGUGAAAUUCAGCCCAUGCACUUGUGAAUUUCAUCAUUA